AUGUCUGCCGCCGCCAAAGCAACCGGCACUGAACAGGAAGAAGCGGACAGCUUCCUCGAGCGACCCUCCCGCAACCUCGACUUCCUCGUCUACCGCUUCAUCCACCCAACGGACAAACGUGGACUCCCAUACCCAGACAGCGCUUUCAAACAAAACAACGGGCUUCCCGGCGCCAAAGUCUGGGUCGGAGACUUCGCGCCCCAAUGGGGUGAAUUCCUCCUCGAUCUCGGCGAACCCGUUUACGACAUACAAGAUCAUCGUCCUCUAGUCACGCGUCUCGAAGGCUAUGGGCUCGACCAGGGUCGUGUCAAACAUAGAAAUUUACAACAGCUGCCUUUCCCUUGGGGAAUCGACGGCACGUUACCCGUACAAGUAUGGGCUAAUGAGGUUUUUCGCGAUAAUCAUUGUUUGCCAUUCAACCCCAGGGGUAUGAGUCGCAUAGAUCUACAAUGGGAAUGUCGAAGACGACUUCUUCCCACGCAUGGAAAACGCUCUGAACUAGUCAGACGAAUCAAUAGAUUGGAAUUACCCAAAGGAAUCCAAGCGCCAACCGGCGCCCAAAAAGCCGCAAUCCAACGACUCGACUCCGUAACCCUUCCACUCUACCGCGUCCUCGAAGCCCAGGCCCCCGUCCCCAAAACCCCCCAAUCACCACUCAAACAGCCCCCCUUCGACGUGGGAGAAAUAGUCCUCGUAUACGGCACCUUCGCCACAGACGAAAACAUGUGUCUCGUACGCGACUACGAAGGCAACCGCGGAAGAAUCAGCAGGGAUUAUCUAGAGGAAAUCCAACUCCCGUUCGGAUUGAAGCUGAAUCGACGGGGUUUGGUAGAGAUACUCGAGAGAUUGGGAUGGCCGGAUGAAGAGGAUGAGGAUCCGAUACCGGAGGUGGGAAGUCAGGCGGAGAAGGAUAUUAUGGAGAAGAGAGUUAGGGAUUUGCUGACUGCGGGACCGCCGGGCUUUUUGAAUUUUGAUGCGAGAAUGGCGGAGGCGCAGAGGAAGAGGAAGUUGGAGGAGGAGAAGAAGGCGAAUGCGAAGGCGGAAGCGGAGGGUAAGGCGAAGAAGCCGAAGACGGGCGGUAUAGUGGGACUGUUGGAGGGGUUUGAGUAA